UUCUUAACCCCAGUUCAACCUCUGCUCUCUUGCCACUCUGCUCGUCUCUUCGUAGCCUGUACCCAUAGCCGCCACCAUCAGCAGGGUGAACUUCACAAUCUUUACAGGCCAAAUUAAGACAUUGAGGAAUUUGUCUGCAUCUUAAGUGUGGUAUUGGGCAUUCCAGGAGAUGGGAAAGCGAGAGAAGAAGCAGAGACACCAAAGACACCCUCGUAGAGAAGCCUCUCAAUAUCUGGAAGGAGAAGAGGAUAGUUUCAGUUAUGAAAACUUCCCCUCACCUUCGAAGCCUCCUCUUUCCGAUGAAGAGGAUGAGGAAGAGGAGGUUGAGGAGGAAGAACAAGAGCAAGAGCAUGACGGCCGAAGUCCAUCAUCACUAGACAUUCCAUCAAAAUUCCUCCUCUACCAACAAUCUGUCCAGUCGCCGAAAGGAGAUAUAAGCUAUUUGCAGAAAUUUUUUCUCAUGUAUGUGGGUGGAAGGCAGCCCCUCCAUCUUCAAGAAGAUUUUUGUGGGACUGCUCUUCUUAGUACGGAGUGGCUCCGAAGUGACCCAAGGCGCACUGCCGUGGGGUUGGAUUUAGACCUUGAGGCAUUAAAUUGGUGCAUGCAGAACAACAUAAAUACCAUUGGAGCUGACAGUUACUCAAGAAUUUCCCUUUUUCAUGGAAAUGUUCUUCAACCUUUUGAGGCCAUGCUUAUCCAUUUUGAGCCUGUAGAUUGCAUAAGAACUAUUAGACUAGAUCCAAGUGAAGAGGGUCCAAGAAUUGACGAUCAACAAUCCAGUUUGAAAGUUGAUUGUAUAAGCCCUUCACAUAUGAUGUCUUCGAAUAUAAGUUCUAAGCAACUCCCAGGGAGGGACAUUGUAUGCGCUUUCAACUACAGCUGUUGCUGCCUCCAUAAACGUAAAGACCUGGUUUUGUAUUUCAAUCAUGUUUUAGGUUUCUUGUCCAGAAGAGGAGGUAUAUUUGUUAUGGAUUUGUACGGUGGCACAUCAUCAGAGAAAAAGUUAAGGCUUCAAAGGAGAUUUGCCAAUUUCAAGUAUGUGUGGGAGCAAGCUGAAUUCGACAUGAUUGAGCGGAAAACAAGGAUUAGCCUCCACUUUCAUCUUCAAAAGCCACAGAAGAAGCUGCCUCAUGCCUUUUCAUACAGCUGGAGACUAUGGUCGUUACCUGAAAUUAAAGACUGUUUGGAAGAAGCUGGCUUUCAGUCUGUCCAUUUUUGGAUUAGGCAGAUGCCUGACUCUGAAAAUAUUAAGAGUGUAGAGGGAUUCGGCAUCGGAAAAGACGUGAAGUAUGAAGAGGUUAAGAGCUUUGAACAACAAGAUUCGUGGAAUGCAUAUAUUGUAGGUGUUGCAAAGUGACUGUGAUGAUGGAACUAUACACCAAAUGUUGCUUCCAUCCCCCUGCAACUGAAGAAUCAAACCUUCACCUCAAGCAGGUAAGAUUCAUGUUCGUGUCUGGAAACUUUGGUUAGACUCGUUUUUUUUUUUUCACCUUUUGUUUGUCAUUCAGGACCCUAGUUUCCUUGACCAUGCUAAUUCUUGAAUUGAAUAUUUGGAGUUGGGGAAUGCCACUUAAAAUGUACAAUGUGGUAUUGUUCCAACCGUGAGGGCUUCACUCUUGGGGGUCAAAGACGGCUACCACAGGUCAGCAACUGAGUGAGGAGCACAUGCAUCCGUUCUGGCCGAGUUCUUAUUCUCUUAUGUAGCUCCACCGUUGUAGAGAAUUGUCAUCCUUAGGGUCAGAACAUAAGGUAUGCUGUUGCUGAUUAGUAUGAUUUUUGUGUCUGUUUAUAUGGCCAAGAUGGGGGUUUCACAAUGGGACAAACUGUUUCUCUAAUGGUAGAAAACCCUUCAAUGUAUGUUCUUCUGGAAUUGUUUUGGGGUGUGGCGCAUAAGCUUAGAGAACAGAUAGAAGUUUCGGAGUCAGUCUAAUAGAAGUUGUGUUUGAUGUUUGUGAAA